UUGAUCGCGAAGCACGAUCAACAUCCAUCAAUACGAACCAUCGUAGUGAUGGAGGACGUUCCGUCGGCGUUAAUGGAUCAAGCUAAAAUCGCUAAUAUUGAUGUAUAUUCCCUGAACGAGUUACAAUCAAUCGGACAGAAAAUGACGAACAAGCCUCCUUUGCAGUUGCCCUCUUCGAAUGAUCUUUGUACAAUAGCGUAUACAUCUGGGACAACGGGUAAGCCGAAGGGUGUAAUGCUAACGCAUGGCAACGUUAUCGCUUGUACAACUGGUCUCCACUACCUUCAACACGUUCCAUUUCGUGUCGACGACGUGAUGUUCAGUUUCUUGCCGCUGGCGCACAUGUUUGAGCGUAUGAUGGAAACAGUGGCGUUUAUGACUGGCAUGCGGAUUGGUUAUUAUAAUGGCGAUAUCAAAACGGUUGUGGAUGAUAUUAAGGAACUGAAACCAACUAUAUUACCGAUGGUGCCUCGGGUGCUGAAUCGGAUAUAUGAUAAGGUUAUGAAUGAGGUGAAGAAGUCAUUGGUUUCGAGAAUAUUGUUCAAUGCGGCAUUNAAGACAGCAAAGACGCUAGUCCGUAAACUAAUAAUUUCAUUCGAUUAUCUAAAAUCGGGGUUUGUACGCAACGAUACAAUUGUGGAUAGAACAGUUUUCAAACGGAUUCGUGAUAUUCUUGGUGGACGUGUGAGAAUUAUUAUUACUGGGUCAGCGCCAGCCGCUAGAAAUGUACUCGAAUUUGCACGUGCCACAAUGGGUUGCGUGGUUAUAGAAGGUUAUGGCCAGACCGAAUGUGUGGCUGAAUGUGCUCUUUGCAUAGAAGCAGAUACGAGUACAGGAUGCGUUGGAAUCCCUGUACCAUGUAAUGCCGUAAAACUUGUCGAUGUUCCUGAAUUGGGAUAUUUUGCGAAAAAUAUGACGGGUGAGGUUUGUGUACGAGGACAUAAUGUCUUUAGGGGUUAUUAUAAAGAUGACGCUGCAACCAAAGAAACACUCGAUUCGGACGGUUGGUUGCAUACUGGUGACAUCGGUAGAUGGACCGAUGUCGGGACCUUGCAAAUCAUUGAUCGAAAAAAAUACAUUUUCAAGUUAUCACAGGUAUUGUAA